CAGCACCAGGUAGUAAAUACUCUUUGUUUUAUAGCUAGCCUCCAACAAUGUUGCCUCGACUGUUUCACAUAGUCACAGCAAUAGCCUUUUUGCUGGUGACGUGCCAUGCUUGGGACCUCCAAGAAGGAAUUCUCAGAAUCCCUGGACUGAAUGGACUGCCUGUGAAAGAAGGAAAGCCUGGUUUAAAAGCAUUCCCAGGACUGCGAGGCCUAAUUGCUUCUUAUGUUCCUAAAUUACAAGCAAUCAUGAAAGGAUUCCACAAUCGAAUUGCCAGACUGGAAAGAGUCCUUACUUUGGAUGGGACCAUAAAGACAGUUGAAAAAAAAAUGUUUGCUACCAAUCGGCAAGAAGGCAAUUUUCAGACCACAUUGGAAGCAUGCAAACAGGCAGGCGGCUCCAUUGCAUCUCCCAUGAAUGAGGAGGAGAAUGAUGCUGUUUUCAGUAUUGUGAGGUUAUUUAACAAAUGUGCCUAUCUGGGCACAGAGGGGCGUGGGAUUCCAGGUGAAGUCAGUUCCCUGAAUGGAACAGCCCCAAAUUAUACCGACCGGCAUGCAGGUGAGCCCAGUGACAUAGGGGAAGAAAACUGCAGGGCAAUGUGCACGGACGGUGCUUGGAAUGGCACAAGUUGCAAUCACGACUGCCUCACUAUCUGUGAAUUUUAA